AUGAUUGCUCAGUGCAGUAAUGACAGUUUUGUAGUUAGUAACGAUAAUAAAAGUCUUCAGUGCUAUUCUUGCUUGGAUAAUUUCAAUUGUCUCAAUCCGACUAAGGAGUUCUGCCCUUUUCAAGCAUCAUGUUAUACGCUGAAAGAUGAAGGAAGAAUUAUCCGACUCGGAUGCACAGAAAGCUGCACCGCAAUGCAAUUCUACAAUGGCGAAUGUAUUCUAUGCAUUCAGGACCUAUGCAAUUUCCCAAGUGGAGCUGCAAACCGCGGUGGGAUCGGAGCUGGAGCUGGAAUAAAUAAUGACCAAGGCACUCGAGGCGGAAUUGGAUCAGGGGUUCAUAGCGGCGGCAGUGACGGAUAUGGAGGAGGAAUUGGAGGCGGUGUAAAUAGUGUUUAUCACGGAGAAAUUGGCGAAGGUGUAGAACAUCAACGUGUCCACGGAGGUGGUCUUCUGUAG